GGGGGCGGGGCCGAGGCGGCGGCGCGAGGUGGCGGCGGGAGCCAUGAAGCUGAACGUGGACGGGCUCCUGGUGCUCUUCCCCUAUGAGUUCAUCUACCCCGAGCAGUUCUCCUACAUGCUGGAGCUCAAGCGCACGCUGGACGCCAAGGGCCACGGGGUGCUGGAGAUGCCGUCGGGGACCGGGAAGACGGUGUCGCUGCUGGCCCUGAUCGUCGCCUACCAGCGGGCCCACCCCCUGGACGUCUCCAAGCUGAUCUACUGCUCCCGCACCGUGCCCGAGAUCGAGAAGGUGGUGGAGGAGCUGCGGAAGCUUCUGGAAUGCUACGAGCGGGACCUGGGGGAGCCGCUGCCCUUCCUGGGGCUGGCGCUGAGCUCCCGCAAGAACCUCUGCGUGCACCCCGAGGUCUCGGCGCUGCGCUUCGGGAAGGAGGUGGACAGCCGCUGCCUGGCCCUGACGGCCUCGUACCUGCGGGAUCCCCCCGAGGGGCCCCGGCCCAGCUGCUCCUUCUUCCAGGAGUUCGAGGCGCGGGGCCGGCAGAGCCCCCUCCCCUUCGGGGUUCACAACCUGGACGAUCUCCGCACCCUCGGCCGCCAGCGCGGCUGCUGCCCCUAUUUCCUGGCCCGCUCCUCGCUGGCCCACGCCAACGUGGUGGUGUACAGCUACCACUACCUGCUGGACCCCAAGAUCGCCGGGCUGGUGUCGGCCGAGCUCGCGCGCUCCUCGGUCGUGGUGUUCGACGAGGCUCACAACAUCGACAACGUGUGCAUCGAGGCCAUGGGCGUGACGAUCACGCGGCGAACGCUCGACCGCUGCCAGGCCAACGUGGGCACGCUGCAGAGCGCCGUGCAGAGGAUCAAGGACACGGACUCGCGGCGCCUGGCCGAUGAGUACCGGCGCCUGGUGCAGGGGCUGCGCGAGGCCGGCGCCGCCCGCGACUCCGACCUCUUCCUGGCCAACCCCGUGCUGCCCGACGAGAUCCUGCAGGAGGCCGUCCCGGGCAGCAUCCGCACGGCCGAGCACUUUGUGGGCUUCCUGCGGCGCUUGGUGGAGCACCUUCGGGCGCAGCUGCGGGCGCCCCGCGUGCAGCAGCUCAGCCCCCCGGCCUUCCUGCUGGAGCUGCGGGAGCGGGUGUGCAUCGAGCGCAAGCCCCUCAGGUUCUGUGCCGAGCGCCUGCACUCCCUGCUCCGUACCCUCGCCCUCCCCGACGUCGCCGACUUCUCCCCCAUCACCCUCGUGGCCAACUUCGCCACCCUCGUCAGCACCUACAGCAAGGGUUUCACCAUCAUCAUCGAGCCCUUCGACGAUCGCACCCCGAGCGUCUCCAACCCCGUGCUGCACUUCAGCUGCCUGGACGCCUCCAUCGCCAUCAGACCCGUGUUCGAACGGUUCCAGUCGGUCAUCGUCACCUCGGGGACUCUGUCCCCCCUGGAAUUUUACCCCAAAAUCUUGGGGUUCCGCCCCGUCACCAUGGCGACGUUCAGCAUGACGCUGGCACGGGCCUGCCUCUGCCCCAUGAUCGUGGGCCGGGGCAAUGACCAAGUGGCCAUGAGCUCCAAAUUCGAGACCCGCGAGGACAUCGCCGUGGUCAGGAAUUACGGGCAGCUGCUGCUGGAGCUCUCGGCCGUGGUCCCCGACGGCCUGGUGGCGUUCUUCACCAGCUACGUUUACCUGGAGAGCACCGUGGCGUCGUGGUACGAGCAGGGCAUCCUGGAGAACAUCCAGAGGAACAAACUGCUCUUCAUCGAGACGCAGGACGGGGCCGAGACCAGCGUGGCCCUGGAGAAGUACCAGGAGGCGUGCGAGAACGGCCGCGGCGCCGUGCUGCUCUCGGUGGCGCGCGGGAAAGUCUCCGAGGGCAUCGACUUCGUCCAUCACUACGGCCGGGCCGUGAUCAUGUUCGGGGUUCCCUACGUUUACACCCAGAGCAGGAUCCUCAAGGCCCGGCUGGAAUUCCUUCGGGAGCAGCUCCAGGUGCGCGAGGGAGAAUUCCUGACCUUCGACGCCAUGCGGCACGCGGCGCAGUGCGUGGGCAGAGCGCUGCGGGGGAAAACGGAUUACGGGCUGAUGGUGUUCGCUGACAAG